GGCUUUCAUCCCUAGCCGCCACUAAUCCCUCUGUUUCUAUCUCUCAUUCUCUCUCCCUCGAUCUUCAUCUCGAUGGCGCUCUCCACUGCCACCGCCGCUGCCACAGUUCCCCGUCACCGAUGCACUGCCGCUCCGCCAACAUCCUUCUCCUGUCCUCUCACCAGGACCCUUUCUCCGAUCACCUCCUCCUCUUUCCCUAAACUCUUCUUCUCCCACAACCAUCGUUGCCCCCCUCUGCGCCACCUAACCUCCGUCUCCGUUUCUGCCUCCGCCUCCGCCUCCGCCGCCACCACCACCACCGACUCUGCCACCCGAUUCCAUGGACCCUGCUACGUCGUGGCCGAUAAUAUCGACACGGACCAGAUCAUCCCGGCGGAGUACCUUACUCUCGUUCCCUCCAAGCCCGAUGAGUACCAGAAGCUCGGCUCUCUCGCCCUCAUCGGCCUCCCCUCCCUUUACCCGCGCUUCGUCGCCGAAGGCCACUCGAAAACCGACUACCCAAUCGUCAUAGCCGGCGCCAACUUCGGCUGCGGCUCCUCUCGCGAGCACGCUCCCGUCGCCCUUGGCGCCUCCGGCGUCAAGGCCGUAGUCGCCGAGUCCUACGCCCGUAUCUUCUUCCGGAACUCCGUCGCCACCGGCGAAGUCUACCCUAUUGAGUCGGAGGCGCGUAUCUGUGAGGAAUGUCGGACGGGUGACGUCAUCACCGUCGACCUAUCAGAGAAUUCGCUUGUUAAUCAUACAACUGGGAAGGUGUAUGCCUUGAAGCCCAUCGGGGACGCCGGGCCUGUCAUUCAGGCUGGCGGAAUCUUCGCCUACGCCCGGAAGACGGGGAUGAUUGCGUCUGUUUAGGAUGAUGAGGUAAAUGGUGGCCGGAUUUUUCCGAGACAUCGAUCUGAUAGGGUAGAGUUUGUUGUGAUCUUUUCCCACGAAAGAUUUGUGGGGUAUUUACAGCUUGGUUUGAUACUUCAUCAUCCGUACCAACAAUUCAGUCUUACUGUUCUGCAAUGGCGUUGGCCUUCUGGUUGAACUUUCCCGAGGAGGGUAGUUUUCUGUUUUUGUAUUUUCGUGUGAUGGAAUAAAUCAAAGUUCAGCCCUUGUUGCCUUA